AUGGCAGACCAGGAUCUUGUUCCAAACAAGACAUGGGUUUUCAAGAACCCUCCUACCGCAUUGAUCGAACCGGGCGUCACCACCGCCAUGGAAAACAGGCCCACCCCGCUUGUGGCACCGCCCGGAGGUAUAGUCAUCAAGUUGCUCAUUGCCGGACUUGAUCCUCAUCAGCGAGACCGCAUGCGCGGAGUGGGUAAUGUAGACUAUGUUCCUCCUUAUGAAGUGGACAAGGCCAUCUCCAACUUCUCCAUCGGCCGAGUAAUUCACUCCAACUCCAGCGCCUUCGAGGAAGGUAGCCUUAUCGCUGGCAGUCUGCCCAUCUCCGAGUACAGUAUCUUGCCCGAUUUUUUCUUGGGCUUGAAGAUCAUGGCCUCGCCUGUCGUGUGGAAGGUCAGCAAUGACUACCAGCUGGACCUGAAGCACUUUGUUGGUACGCUCGGACUAGCGGGCAUGACUGCAUGGAACGCCUUUUACGGCCUGGUCAAGCCCGUCGCAGGCGAGACAAUCUGGGUGAAUGCUGCGUCGAGCUCCGUGGGCGAAGUGGUUGUCCAGCUAGCCAAGAUGGAAGGCAUGAAGGUGAUUGCCAGUGUUAGCUCGGACGAGAAAUUGGCGUACGUGAUCAACGAACUGGGCGCUGAUUCCGGCUUCAACUACAGAGAGGAACCUGUCGACUCCGCUUUGAAGCGUCUGGCGCCGGAAGGCUUGGAUGUGGUGUUUGAAAAUGUCGGAGGAGACCACUUGCAGGCAGCUAUUCAGAACAUGAAGUGGUUUGGGCGAAUCAUUAGCUGUGGAACAGCUUCUCAAUACAAUAAGCCACUCGAGGAACAGUAUGGUAUCACUAACACCUCCGAGAUCUUCCGUCGCCGCAUCACGAUCCGAGGAUUCAUGUUCUGGGAUGAGAACAUUUACAAUGACAACAUUGUCAAUUUCCUUACCAAUAUGCCGAGAUUGAUUUCUGAAGGCAAGAUCAAAUCACGAUACACCAUUUUUGAGGGUAUUGACCAGGCAGACAAGGCCUUCUUGUCCAUGUUCACUGGUGGAAGCUUUGGCAAGACGGCUCUAAAAAUUAGCGAUUAG